AUGGGAUUCCUCAAAAUUGGAACACCAUUAAGUUGGGAAGAAGUUCAACAUGUAAAAUCUUUAAUACGAUUAUAUGGUCUUUUGCAAUUUGUUCAUAUAUACAAAUGCAACAAGGAUAGAGUGGAUAAAAACAUAAUGUUUGGUGAUGAAAUAGAAUAUAUUAUUAUAAAAAAUGAUGAAACUUUAAAAGAAUCGUCUGCUCUUUUAUGUGCUUCAGAUUUGAUCGAUGAAAUGAUGAAUUUAGAAAGUGUUACAGAUUGUCAGUAUGGUUCUCAUUGGACUCCUGAAUUCUCUUCAUUUACUAUUGAGGGAACUCCAUCUGUUCCUUUUAAAUUUGAUAUUAAUUCUUCUUCAUUUGUUGAGGAUUGCAUGAGAAUAAGAAGAAGUAAAUUAAAUAAUGUUCUGAGUGCUAUAAAUGGUGUUAGAGCAAUUACAUUACCAUGCUUUCCAAAUGUGCUUUUGGAUAAUAGUCUUCUUAUGGCUAAAAGAAAAAAUUAUGAAAAUAAUAAAAGAAAGAACGAAAAGUGUAAAGUAGAAUCUAUAGAAACAUCAAUUAUAGAAAAUCUUAACUCAAAAAAAAAUGAAAAAAAUUAUAUUGAAUGCACAAAAGCAGUUAAUUCCUUAAAUGAAGAUAAAAAUUCUAUUAUUGAUGCUAUUACAAAUGAAAUGGAAGAAAUUAAAUCAGUUAAUUUUGUAAACUCUGAUAUAACAUUUCAAAAAAGUGAUGAACUUUUAUUACAAGAUAUUUAUGGUGAAGAGGGUGAUGGGACAGAAGUAGGAGGAAUAAAACAAGAACAAAAAAUUGAAAAAGAAGAGGGAAAAGAUAAUGAACAUGAUAUGUUUAUGAAUACAAUAAAAGGAAAUUUAUCAUUUGAUUGCGAACUAUUUAAACCAGAAAAUAUAAGGCCAUAUAGUAAAAGUUGUUUAAUAUCAGAUAUGGUUAUAAGUCCACAUGCUAGAUAUAUUACUCUAACAAAAAAUAUUAGAGAAAGAAGGGGAACAAAAGUUAUAUCUUUUAAUCCUAUAUAUAAAGAUAUAUAUACGGAAAAUUUGAAACAUUGGGAUUUAUCACUUGAUAAAAAUGAUAAAAGACUUUUUAAGAAAAUAAAAAAAAAAUAUAUUUUAGAUGAUCAUUUAAUUUGGAAUAAGUCAAUGAACAAUAUAAAAAAUUCUAAGAAUAAUGAAAAAAAAAUAAACGCAUCUAAAAAUACAGUUGAUAUAGCUAACCAAAGUGAUAUAAAACUAUAUAAAGAUAAUAUAGAAAUAGAACGAGAAAGUGUAAACUACUUAAAAAAUAAAGAAGAAAAUCUAAUGGACACAGUCAUAAAAAAUAGCCUAUUUAGUAAUUUAGAUGAUGAAGAGGAUUAUAUAUAUGUUUAUGAUAGGAAAUUUAUUGAAGAAUAUUCUGAAAAAUCAAAAAAUCCAGUUAAAAAUUAUAUAUAUUUGGAUGCCAUGUUCUUUGGAAUGAGUAUGUGCUGUCAACAAAUAACGAUGUCUUUUCCAACUAUAGAUGAUGCGAGAUAUUUAUAUGACCAACUAGCUGUUAUUGCACCUCUUUUUUUAGCAUUAACUGCUUCUACACCAUAUCUGGGAGGAUUUCUUACAGAAACUGAUACAAGAUGGAGAGUUAUUUCAAAUAGUGUUGAUUGUAGAACAGAAGAUGAAUUAUCUUAUAUAUCAAAACCAAGAUACUCAGGAAUAUCAUUAUAUAUAUCUAAUGAAUUACCUUUGAAAAGCAAUUACUAUUUUUACAAUGACAUUGAUAUAGUCCUUGAUAAAAAUAUUUAUGACAAGUUAAGAAAAGAAAACGUUGAUGAUUAUUUAGCUAGGCAUAUAUCGUCUCUAUUUGUAAGAGAUCCAAUUGUUGUUUUUAAAGGGUCAUAUAAUGAAAGUGAUAUUCUAUCCAUUGAAAAAAAAAUUAAAGAGUUUAACAAGAGUAACAUAUUUAAGGAAGAAGAGAAAGAUACUAAUACAUCUAAAAAUAAAAGUAAAGAAAGUAGUAUGCACGAUAUUUAUUUAAGUGAUAAUUUUGAUUUCUUAGAAGAUUAUGAAGAAAAAGUAUUGUCAUCACAUCAGCAUUUUGAAAAUUUUCAAAGCACUAACUGGAAUAGUGUUAGAUUUAAACCUCCACCAAUCCUUGACAAUCAUUUUAAUGGACCAAGUUCUAUUGGGUGGAGGGUAGAAUUUAGAACACCAGAUAUUCAAAUUACUGAUUUUGAAAAUUCUUCCGUUGUUACAUUAAUUAUGGUUUUAUCGAAAUUUAUCUUAGAAGAAAGGUUAAAUUUAUAUAUACCAAUGUCCUUGUUGGAAGAAAAUUUGUAUAGGUCUGCUCACAGAGAUGCUAUAAUAAAGGAAAAAUUUUAUUUUCGCAAAAAUUUAAAUUAUUAUACAACUGAUAAUGAAAUUGAAGAAAAAAGCAUCUAUGACAUUUUUUUUAAUGAAAAGAAUGGAAUUUUUUUUUUGUGUUCAAAGUACAUUGAAAAAAAAUUUAAGGAAGGAACAUUGAGCCAAUCUGCGAAAAAUAAAAUAGAUGAAUAUAUUGAAUUUAUAAAAUUGAGAUGUAAUGGAAAAAUAUCUACAGGUGCUGCUUACUUAAGAAAUUUUAUUUUAAAUCAUCCAUCUUAUGAAAAAAACUCUUAUAUCAAUAGUAAAAUAAAUUAUGACGUAUGCAAAUUAAUAGCAGAUAUAGGAAAGGGAUUAAUAAUCCCACAAGAACUAUUAGGAGUUUUUGUUGACCCAUACAAAGAAAGAAUUAAAAGCGAUUUGCGGCAAAUAAAUGAAAGCCAAUAUGUUAAAUCCUUGGCAUACAAAUUUAUAUCAGGGGAAGAUUAUACACAAUAUUUACUUCUUAGUGAAGUUAUUAAGCAAGAUAAAGAUUAUUACACAUGUACAAAGCGCACAAAUUAUGAAGAGUCAACAGACAACACAUUGGAAUUUGGAAAAAAGCUAUACCAGUUAAGUGCAUAA